UGUUAACGAGGAGCUCUCAAGUCUUCGAUCUGCCCUCCUCUCUAGCUGUUGUAUAAAGUGUGUUUUAUUUGUAAAAGUAGAUGAGGUAAAUCUAGCUUACGGAUUGCUGCUAGGUGAAAUAUUAAAUAUGGAUUUCGAUCGUGUGCUCGAAAAGUGCGGCAGCUUCGGGCGCUUCCAGUUUGUUAUCCUAAUAUUAUACGGCUAUACGAAUAUACUUAGCUCGUUGCAUUAUUUUUCUCAAACCCUAAUUACGUUUACCCCGGAACAUUGGUGCUCCCAUGAUGACCUUCAUGGUCUCAGUGCAGACUCGAUACGCUCAAUUUAUUCGAAUAUAACCCAACCCUCGUGCACUUUACUCGACGGCGUGAUCAAUGGAACGGGCAUUGCGGCCGAGGAGGAAACUUGCCAGGAUUGGAUUUUCGAACGAGAAAGCGGCUACGAAAGCCUUACAACUGAACUGAAGUGGGUCUGCGACAAGUCGCAUCAGCCGGCCGUGGGCCAAUCCUUCUUCUUUGUGGGCUCUGUGGUAGGCACUAUUACAUUUGGAUAUCUUUCCGAUCGCAUUGGCCGGCUGCCUACCAUGUUAAUGGCCACUUUAGCUGGCGCUUCUGGGGAUUUUAUGACCUCGUUUGUGCACACCCUACCUUGGUUUGCAUUCUCGAGGUUUGUGUCGGGUCUCUCCACCGAUACCAUGUACUAUUUGAUGUAUAUUUUGGUGUUCGAGUACCUCAGUCCCAAACGCCGCACCUUUGGUCUCAACAUUAUACUCGCCUUCUUUUAUUGCUUCGGACUGAUGACUUCCCCCUGGGUGGCCAUUUGGAUUGGCAACUGGCGCCACUACCUCUGGCUAGCUUCGUUGCCCGCCCUCGGGGUGCUCGCCUACCCGCUGUUGAUCUGUGAGAGCGCCCAGUGGCUGCUCACCAAAAAGAAAUACGAUCGCGCCGUGAAAUGCCUCAAAUGGGUGGCUAAGUUCAAUGGGCGGCAGGUGGAGGACUCUGUGUUCGACGAGUUUGUCAAGCACUAUCGCGAGAAGAUGAACGAGGAGCGGAAACUGAAUUCCCAUGAGGACACGUUUAUGGGAAUGUUCAGAACUCCACGUCUGCGACGCUUCACCCUGACCUUGCUGCUUAAAUCGGUCAUAAUCACUCUCUCAUACGAUGUGAUCAACCGGAACAUGGAGGGCCUUGGCACCUCCCCCUUUAAACUAUUCUCGUUCACAUCCAUCAACUAUUUGCCUGCUGGCUGCACGAUUCUGCUGCUUCAAAACAUCAUCGGCCGAAAGGGAAUGGCUUGCGGUGCGCUUCUGGUGGGGGGCAUUAUCACCACAGUUACCGGCUUUCUAAUUGCCUUCAUGGACCCUAAGGAGAAUGCUCUUCUGCUGGCGAUCAUGAUCGGACUGGGCCGCUACGGAUCCACGGUCGCCUACGAUGCUGAGAUCCAAUAUGCCGCCGAGAUAAUACCAACCAGUGUGCGAGGGCGUGCCGUCUCCAAUAUACAUGUCAUAGGGCUGGCCUCCAGUUCGCUGGCCUUCUAUGUCAUAUACUUGGCCAAGUUUUAUAAGCCACUGCCCUCAAUUUUCAUAAGUUGCCUUAUGUUCUUUGGCGCUGGACUAUGUUUGACGCUUCCAGAAACCUUACACAAAAAACUACCUGAAAACCUGGCCGACGGGGAACGCUUUGCUAUGAACGAGGGCUGCUGGUACUUCCCGUGCUUUAAUAAACGUCGCGAAAGUUUGGCCCCCAAUGGCGAUAAUAAGUCUGAUGCAUAGAACUUUUGUUUAGCUGAUGCUGAACUGAAAAGUAAACCGAUAAACCUGAAACUGAUUAAGCAACUAAUUAACCUGAUGAUGAGCUUAACGUGAAGUUAGUUCCUGUAACUGAAUGGUCUGAUAAGUAUUACUCAUGUAGAGAAUGCAUAGUAAUCGGGAUUUAGCCGUUAAAUUUUACUAUACGUACUCGUAUUCCACUUAAGCUAUGCUGUUUGUAACUAAACUGAACUGAACAAAUUAAAUAUAUAUACUACAUUUCCUUAAAAUAUAACAAUAUUUAC